AUGAGCCCAGAGCAGAAGCGAGCUGCAUAUGCCUGUGAUGUCACAUACGUGACAAACCAGCAGCUUGGCUUCGACUACCUCAGGGACCAAAUGGCCUGCACGCCUGCUGAGCUGCGGCUGCGAUCAGAGGAGCCCUUUGCCUGCGCCAUCGUAGAUGAAGCGGACUCUGUGUUGAUUGAUGAGGGUCGAACGCCCCUGGUGGUGUCCACGCAGUCGACGAUCCCUUCAGAGAAGUACACCACUGCCCUUCAGGUUGCGAGCCAACUGGAGAAAGCAACAGACUAUUCGGUGCUGGAGAAGGAGAAGACGUGUGUUCUGACAGAAGUCGGGGAGGUCAAGGUCGCAGAAGUGCUGGGGAAGGAUGACCUUUUCGACCCACAGGACCCGUGGGCCCCCUUCAUUGUCAACUCGCUGACAGCCAAAGAGCUCUACCAGCGAGACCGCCAGUACCUCGUCCGAGAUGGAAAGGUUGUGGUGGUGGAUGAAUUCACUGGGCGUCCAGUGGACGGACGUAGUUGGAGCGAUGGCCUGCAACAGGCAACCAUGACUGGUGUUUUGGGGUUUAGGCCUUGGUCAGGUGGAAUUAAAUGA